AUGCGCGCGCGCCUUCUGCUGGCGGCGCUGUGGGCGGUGUGUUUCGUGUGCGGCGGGUGCGGCGGGAACCCGGACGCGAAGCGCCUCUACGACGACCUGCUCAGCAACUACAACAAGCUCGUGCGGCCCGUGCUCAACGUCAGCGACGCGCUCACGGUGCGCAUCAAGCUCAAACUCAGCCAGCUUAUAGACGUGAAUCUGAAGAAUCAGAUCAUGACGACAAAUUUAUGGGUCGAACAGAGCUGGUACGACUAUAAAUUGUCGUGGGAGCCUCGUGAGUACGGCGGUGUUGAAAUGCUGCAUGUGCCCUCGGACCACAUCUGGCGACCCGACAUCGUCCUCUACAACAAUGCUGAUGGUAACUUCGAGGUGACUCUGGCAACGAAAGCGACGCUCAAUUACACGGGACGAGUAGAAUGGCGUCCGCCCGCCAUCUACAAAUCCUCCUGCGAGAUUGAUGUCGAAUACUUCCCCUUCGAUCAGCAGACAUGUAUCAUGAAGUUUGGCUCUUGGACGUACGAUGGUUUUCAGGCAAGUUGCAUAUUUCAGGUAGACUUACGACAUAUCGAUGAAGUGAAGGGCACAAACGUUGUCGAAUUAGGUGUCGAUCUAAGUGAAUUUUAUACAUCCGUCGAAUGGGAUAUUUUAGAAGUACCAGCUGUUAGAAACGAGAAGUUUUACACGUGCUGCGAUGAGCCGUACUUGGACAUCACGUUCAACAUCACGAUGCGGCGCAAGACCCUGUUCUACACCGUGAAUCUCAUUAUACCCUGUAUGGGUAUCUCGUUCCUAACAGUGCUAGUGUUCUACCUUCCCUCGGACAGUGGCGAGAAAGUUUCUCUAUCUAUCUCAAUUCUGCUCUCGCUCACUGUGUUCUUUCUUCUGCUCGCUGAGAUCAUCCCUCCGACGUCUCUCGUUGUUCCGUUGCUCGGGAAGUUUGUCUUAUUCACGAUGAUUCUCGAUACAUUUAGUAUCUGCGUGACGGUGGUGGUGCUGAACGUGCACUUCAGAUCGCCGCAGACGCACACGAUGGCGCCGUGGGUGCGUCGCGUUUUUAUCCACGUUUUGCCUCGUUUGCUGGUCAUGCGUCGUCCGCACUACCGCCUAGAUCCUCACCGUAGUCGAUUUGCAGGGAUCAUUAGCGGCGAGGGCUGGUCGCCGGCGCUGGCGGUCGGUCCCGUGCCGGAGGGACCACUGGGAGGCCUGAGAGGCGUCGGCGAAGCGAGCUCACCCUCGCCGCCUCCCGGAUGCCGGCUUCAUGAGCUCCACGACCAGCACGAGGUGCAAGACGCGCCCACCGUCUGCGAGACGCUGCGCCGCUGGCACCGCUGCCCGGAAAUACACAAGGCCAUCGACGGCAUCAACUAUAUUGCCGACCAAACGCGGAAGGAGGAGGACUCCACUAGAGUGAAGGAGGACUGGAAGUAUGUGGCGAUGGUACUGGAUCGAUUGUUCCUGUGGAUCUUCACACUGGCGGUGCUGGUGGGCUCGGCCGGCAUCAUCCUGCAGGCGCCCACGCUGUACGACGAGCGCGCACCCAUCGACGUGCGUUUGUCGGAGAUCGCCUACACGGCUGCCAAGCCGCGGCCGCCCCCUCCGCCCCCGCGCUAG